AUGGCCUCCUUUGAGAUUACUAAGAAAAAGACAACCCAAGGAAGACAAAAGAUCGAAAUAAAGAAUAUUGAAAAGAAGAGCAACAAGCAAGUCACCUUCUCCAAACGACGCUCCGGUCUCUUCAACAAAGCCGGCGAGCUCAGCGUCCUCUGUGGCUCCAACGUCGCCGUCAUCGUCUUCUCUCCCAACGGCAAGCUCUUCUGCUUCGGCCACCCAUCCGUAGACGACGUCGUUCACUCAUAUCUUAAUGGAACCGUAGCACUACCCCAUAAUGAUCAUACUAUUGCUACCAGUUCUACUGCUGCUUCUUACGUGAAAGCCAUGACGGAGUUGGAAGAGGCUGAGAAGAAGAAGAAGCUCGCAGUCAGGCAAGCGCGACUGGCAUCGCUUUUGGAGAAGAAUAAUGGUGGUGGAGAAGGAGGCAGCGGCGGCGCGUGGUGGGCGGAACCCAUCAAUGAAAUGGGGUUUCAAGAGUUGGAGAAUCACUUGGGUAUGUUGGUUGAUCUUCGGAGUAAGGUUUCCGCCGUGGCCGGUAAUAAGGUUCCGGCUUUGAAUUCGGAGCUUGGUGAUUGGAGAUUGGGUUUGAAUAUUUAAUUUACUUUAUUUAUUUAUUUAUUAUUAUUAUUAUGGAUGGUAUUAU